GGAUGUGGAGGGAGCGCAUGUAGAGAGACUCAACCCCCUUUUUCUUUCACUCGCUCUGUUGCUUUUUGUUUAGGUUAACAAUAGAGUGAGUGAGUGAGAGAGAGAGAGAGAGAGAGAGAGAGAGAGAGAGAGAGAGAGAGAGAGAGAGAGAGAGAGAGAGAGAGAGAGAGAGAGAGAGGACCGAACAGAAGCGCGAGCUGCUCUCCAUGCCUUCAGUCUAGCGGAACGGGCGAUGGAUGUGAGAUUUUACCCGGCACCUCCUUCAAGCGUGGGCUCGUGUACUUUACCCACCGACACCAGCCUCUCCUCCCUGGACUAUUACCACUGCAACAAGAACAGAUACAGUGUAGGAGAUCGAGGUGUUAGACUGUACAGCGCUUUACCGGUGAGACCUGACCCUGAGGGAAAACGACUGCCCUCUGUAGGGUUUGAUGGUGAAAAUAUGUACAUGAGUGAGAACAACCAAGAGUUUCUCUCCCCGAGUCAGCAGAAUUACUCAGGUCAGGGAGGGGGGACCGGGAAUGGAGGUGGUGGAGGUGAUGAGGAUUAUGAGAUUCCCCCUAUAACCCCUCCAAAUCACCCUGAGCCGCCUCUACUGCACCUGAUGGACCCUGAGUCUGGUUACCUGUGUCACUCUCUGCCUCACAACGGUCUGAUCAAUCCGUACUCUUACCCCGAGCUGCCCACCCUGAUGAUGUCCAACAUGCUCGCCCAGGACGGCCACCUGCUGUCUAGUCAAAUGCCCUCGAUGCCGGCGUUUACGGGGCAAUCUGGCAGUCAUUACCCCCGUGCCCAUCACAGCCCCAUGCUAAACAGAUCUGCCCGGAUACUGCCCCACCCCAUGAGCGCCCUCUCACAGCUCAGCUCUCAGAUUGGUCAAGGCUCCUUUACCCACGGUUCCCCAUCAUCAUCAGGAAGUCAGUCAGCCACGCCCUCCCCCUCAAGCUCCGCCCAGGAAGAGGAAGCAAAGUACCACUCAAAGAUUACGGGUGAGAAGAGGCCUUCCUCUGACAUGAUGAAGCCCAAACCCAAACCUCAGAAGAAGAAGAAGAAGAAGGACCCCAAUGAACCACAGAAGCCCGUGUCGGCAUACGCACUCUUCUUCAGGGACACACAGGCUGCCAUUAAAGGCCAAAAUCCCAACGCAACCUUUGGAGAUGUUUCCAAGAUCGUGGCAUCAAUGUGGGACAGUCUGGGAGAAGAACAGAAACAAGCAUAUAAGAGGAAAACAGAAGCAGCCAAGAAGGAGUACCUGAAGGCCCUGGCGGCGUACCGAGCCAGCCUGGUUUCCAAGAGCUACAAUGACCCAGUGGAGAGUAAAAGCUCUCAAUCGAGCCAACCUUCUCACAUGAUGCCCCCAAAUCCUUCUCUGUACAGCGUCCCACCUCAGCCCUCCUCCCCGUACCUGAGCCCCGGUCCCUUCCCUCUGUCAGACCUCCAGAGUUACGCCGCAGGAGCUCCCAGACACGGCCUGCCCCGAUCGGCCAUGCUGCCCUCGCUCAGUGCCUCGCCACCGGCAUCGUUUCAGAUCAGCCCUCCUCUUCAUCAGCAGCUCUCUCUGCAUCAGGGCUCCCUCCUCAACCAGCCAAUCCGCAUGCAACAGGUUCAGUCACAGCCAAUCAUCUCUCACCAGAUGGGUCUCCAGGCUUCGCUCCACUCCCCGCCUCCAGGACAGCAGGGAUUUUCUCACUUACAGUCCGAGUAUCAGAAAAGUGUGGGGGGAUCUCAAUCUCCAGGAGCUCCGAAUCCAGGGGGUCAGAACCCGGACUGGGACAGCGAAUACUGUAACCGGGAAUGUGGUGGAAACCACUGCAGUGGCAGUAUGAUAGGCAGGGACAAGCCGCUCUACCUCACUUGAAACAAAACAAGGAGACCAGAUGAACCAACACCAGGGAGUCCCAACCACCCCUCCCAAAUACCAUCAGUUUAACCUCAGUGUCAUUUUUCAUUCGUUUUUAGAGGGAUGCGUGUGUGUGUGUGUGUGUGUGUGUGUGUGUGUGUGUGUGUGUGUGUGUGUGCGCGCGCGUGUGUGUGUGUGUUCUGAGACUACUAGCGAUUCUUUCAUUUUUGCCGAGCACUUAUAAUGUACAGGCGUCUCUGUCAGAGACCUGCAGGAGCACACAAUCUGUCUCUGAAUACUGUUAACAGAAAAAAGACAAAAAAACAGAUGUAUAUAACAAAAAUGAAUGGCAAAAAAAUAGCAAACUACCAUUAAAGUGGCCCUCAGGGCAACAUGAGCUUUAAUUCAAACAGAGGACAAACUUUUCUCAUAGAUUCUCUGUUACUUGUCUCGGUUUCAUUUUUAUUGUCCUUUUAUUUAUUUUCUGCUUGCAACAUUGCGCUUUUUUGUCCGAAAACAGGCUAUUUUAUUUCGACGACGAUGCUCACGAUGCUCUGUGAAGUUUUGGUAGAAAGGGCAAAAAAUAUAAAGUAAAAAGAAGUAAAAAAGCGAAAACCGAUAACUUCUUUUGUAAUUUUAAAGACCCUGUCGGUCUUUACCGCUCUGUCACAGUGUGAUUGUAAAUAUCACUUUUUUGAGGGUCAGAUUUGGAAGAUGAAGUCUAGAUAUUUUUUCUUCUUUAAUAUGACUUAUAAUUCAUUGAUUUGUAUUUCAAAGGGUAUUUUGUGAAUGGGUGAAUGCGUGUGAAUGGGUGAAUGUGUUUGUGUAGCUGAACAGCCUGUGAUAUCAGAAGUGUUUUCACACGUACACAAUCUUGCAUUAAAAUCUGUGUGCACUGCUGAGAGAAAGAGAGAGAUCAAUGACAAAAGCCAUGACAAACUGCAUGACCCGGCUCUCCAUUUCAUCAGGCGUGUGGGAACCUCGAUUUCAGACUGACAUCACAGACGAAACGUUUUCCCAAUAGUGCUCACAACCAUCAUUUAAUUUACUCUCAGGUUAUAAACAUGACCACACCAAAAAACAUCUCCAGAUUAAGCUGAAACAACCUUUACGUGAGUUCACGAUUGUCAACGCACUAUUAAACUAGAUGGAUCAGGUAGCUUUAGCUUUAAACAAAGUAACGGGUUAACAAACUUUUCUUUAAAUCUCUCAAACUAAUUUUGCAAUGACACAUGACAUCGAGCACACACACGACCGGACGCGUCUGCAUUCACAAACUUGUGCACAUUUUCGGGUCCUACUGUACGGAGAAGUUUUGGGGGUCAUGUGUUUUGCCUGAGGUUAAAUCCACCAAUAUAAGAUGAUGUAAAGAGGAACGAUGAUGUUCUGGAUGUGAGAUAUUACAGCACACAGUUAAACAACAGUGGGUCGAUAGUUUUCUAGUAGCUUUUGCUAGAUGUUUUAUUGUGUUGAUUUCAUCUUUUAAGUUCUGUGGGAAUAAACGAAAAUACAUUCGAUCAUUUAGUCAAGCGUUUUAUUUGAAUCUUUAUUUUCUACUGUAGCAUAUUAUUUUUUAGUUGAAUAAAAGAAUAACUUCUUUUGUGUACAAACCUGCCAAUUGUAGUUAUUUUAUUUGUAAAGUCAGCAAUGAUAAUUAUUUUAAAAAUGUUAUCAGCCCAUCAGUUAAUAUUUAAUAAUGUUUAACAGGUUUCUAUUUAUGAACAAAAUGAGAUCGGUUUUGCUUAUAACUACGAUAUUUGAAUUCUAUCGUUUUGUUCUUUUCGUUGUUGUUGUUUGUUUUGUUUUUUAUGAUGAUGAUGCUAAUGAAGACAAUUGCUAUUUUUUAUUUACUUUUUGAAUGCUGGUUUAUUCUUUCAUUACCAGCCAGGUCAUUUUUGUGUCACUUUGCCUUUUUGUUUCUUUUUGUCCGUAAUAAAAACGUUAAACGAGA